AUGGCGGAUGUAGAGAAGCAUAUUGACCCUUCUGAUAAUGAGGUCGAUACUAAUCUUGUCGAUUGGGAUGGUCCUGAUGAUAAAAACAACCCUUUUAACUGGCCUACAUGGAAAAAAGGACGUCAACUGUUUUUGAUGUCCUUUAAUACAUUCAUAACUCCCUUGGCCUCAUCCAUGUUCACUCCAGCAGUUCAAGAUGUCAUGAAGGAAUUUAAUAUCAGUAAUAGUAUGCUGGGUUCCUUCGUCGUCUCUGUCUACAUUUUGGGCUAUUGCUUCGGUCCCUUUCUGAUUGCGCCGCUCUCUGAGAUUUACGGUCGCGUCAAACUGUAUCACACAUGUAACUUGCUAUUCCUCAUCUUUACCAUUGCCUGCGCUUUAGCACGCUCCAUGCCACAGUUGAUUGUCUUCCGUCUUCUGGCUGGUAUGACGGGUGUCUGUCCAUUGACUAUCGGCGCCGGUACCAUUGCCGACAUAAUCCCCAAAGAAAGACGGGCUGGAAUCAUGGCUAUCUGGGCCUUGGGUCCUACUUUAGGCCCGGCUGUGGGCCCAGUUGCAGGGGGCUUUUUAGCCGAAGCAGAGGGCUGGCGCUGGGUAUUCUGGGUAAUAUCCAUAGUGACUGGUGCGAUGCUAAUCCUGACAUUCAUCUGGUAUCGGGAAUCAUAUGCGCCUGUACUGCUCGAUCGAAAGGCUGCUCGCCUACGCAAAGAGACUGGUAACCCCAAACUCCAAUCAGUUCACCAUGCGGGAAAACUCAGCGUUCGUGUUUUCUUAAGAGCACUGGCUCGCCCAUUGAAAUUGCUUUUCGGCUCACCAAUUGUCUUCUUAAUGGCUCUGUUCUCUGCCACAGCGUACGGCUAUCUCUACCUGAUGUUCACCACUAUGACCUCUAUCUUUGAGGACGAAUAUGGUUUCUCUCCUGGCGUUGCCGGCCUGGCAUACUUGGGCUUCGGCGUCGGGUGCAUAAUAGGCCUGCUCACUACCGGCUUCGUCGCUAAUAACAUCGCCCGGGUUCAUAUCAAGCGAGGCUGCUUUAGACCCGAGUCCCGUUUACUGCCUAUGAUGGUCGGCUGCUGGUUCAUGCCCGUAGGCCUGUUUUGGUACGGUUGGUCAGCCGAAGCACACACCCACUGGAUUGUGCCCAUUUUAGGUACCGGUGUCUUUGCCAUGGGGUUGAUGAUCUUGUUUUCGUGUGUCAGUACCUAUUUGGUCGACUCAUAUCUACGAUACGCGGCAUCUGCUACAGCGGCUAACACUGCUCUCCGAUCACUGAUUGGAGCUGUGCUGCCGCUAGCCGGUCCUUCGAUGUAUGCGACGCUUGGUCUGGGAUGGGGUAAUUCAGUGCUGGCAUUUAUUGCGCUGGUGUUGUGCUCCGUGCCGUUUAUCUUCUGGAGAUACGGCGAGAUGAUCCGAACACGUUUUCAGGUGAAGCUGUGA